AUGUCGUCCCGUCUGCCUCCCACUCCAGCCAUGUCCGGCGAAUUCACCAUCAAAGACCAGCCCUACGAUGCCACCGACGUCUUGAUCCUGCCGCCCGCGGCCCUAGAUACCGGCAGUAGUCGCCGGUCCUCGCAAUCAGACCCCACUUAUCUCCCUGCCUCCCCGACCUCCCCGGACCUCGUGGCUCGCGGUCGUCACAAUCAUCCCCCCAAGCGUCCCCUCGAGGACCUGGAUCUACCACCGCCCCCCACGCGCACUCGCAAGAUCAUUCAGAUGAAACCCAAGGCUGCCACUGCCUCAUCAUCCAAGUCUCCCGCGAAGAAGAAGGAGAAUGGGAAGAUGGCAGCAGCCCCGGCACCAUCGGACACCCCAGCGAAUAAUGCCGCGACUACUUCCAAAAAGAAGCAGCCGAGUACCACGAGCGCCGCGGGUCGCAAGAUUGCCCGCAAAACGGCACACAGCCUGAUCGAGCGCCGGCGGCGGUCGAAGAUGAACGAGGAGUUUGGCACGCUGAAGGAUAUGAUUCCUGCGUGUCGGGGACAGGAGAUGCACAAGCUGGCUAUUCUCCAGGCAAGCAUCGACUACGUCAAUUACCUGGAACAAUGUAUCCAGGAUCUCAAGGCAGCAGACAAGUCCGCCACGCCUCCCUCGCCGACCUCCCCGGAGUUUGCCGGCGAAGCCAAUGCAGAUUCGGUGCAGCACACCAACUUCUACCACCACUCGGCCACCUCAGUCUACUCCCUCUCCGCCUCCGCCUCUGUAUCUGCAUCUCCAGAACUCGUCCCGCCAACGGGCCAGUUCUACGACACAUCGCCAUCUUUCUCCCCUCGCACCAGUGUCCCCUCGGCGCCGACUCUGCCGGAUGCACCAUCUGUGCUCCCGAGCCCAGCACUGGGCCCGACACAGACGUCAAAUAUGGAUAUCGACCAUGAGGCGUCGGCAGCGUUGCUUAUGUUGACCCGGGACCGGAGAGGCACGGCUGAUUCGAUUAGUGAUCACUUCUCUGGGAGCACGUUGCUUUCGACUCCGAGCCAGAGUCAAGAGAAGAUGUCGGAUCAUCAGAGUAGUAGGGGGAUGAGUGUGCGGGAUCUUCUCUUGUGA